GCUCCUUAGGGACCGGCUUGUGGUGGUGAGGAGCCAGGAGAUGCAUGUAGCUGCCAAGUACCGCCAGGCCUCCCUGUACGUGGGUGACCUCCACGCGGAUGUCACCGAGGACCUGCUGCUUAAGAAGUUCAGCGCUGUGAGGCCCGUGCUGUCUAUCCGCAUCUUUAGGGACCUGGUCACCUGCCGCUCUCUGGGCUAUGCCUAUGUGAACUUUCUGCAGCUGGCAGAUGCCCAGAAGGCCCUGGACACCACGAACUUUGACCCUAUAAAGGGCAAAUCCAUCCGUCUCAUGUGGUCUCAGCGUGACGCCUACUUGAGGAAAUCUGGAAUUGGGAACGUGUUCAUCAAGAAUCUGGACAAAUCCACUGAUAACAAAACCCUUUAUGAACACUUUUCAUCUUUUGGGAAGAUCCUGUCCUCCAAGAUGAUGAGUGAUGAUCAUGGCUCCAGGUGCUAUGUGUUCGUGCACUUUCAGAACCAGAUUGCCACCGACAGGGCCAUCCAGGAGAUGAAUGGCGCACUGCUUAAGGACUGCAGGCUGUUUGUUGGCAGAUUCAAAAGCCGCAAAGAUCGGGAAGCCGAGCUCCAAAACAAAGCCAGUGAGUUCACCAAUGUUUACAUCAAAAACUUCGGAGAUGACAUGGAUGAUGAGAGACUGAGGGAAGUUUUCAGCAAAUAUGGGAAAACACUGAGUGUUAAGGUGAUGACAGAUUCCAGUGGGAAAUCCAAAGGCUUUGGCUUUGUGAGUUUUGAUAGCCAUGAGGCUGCCAAAAAGGCUGCUGAAGAAAUGAAUGGAAAGGACAUAAAUGGACAACUGCUUUUUGUAGGCCGGGCACAAAAGAAAGCAGAGCGACAGGCUGAGUUAAAGCAAAUGUCUGAGCAGCUGAAACAGGAACGAUUUCGGCAGUGCCGGGGGGCAAAACUCUAUAUUAAGAACCUGGAUGAGACCACUGAUGAUGAAAAGCUACGGAGGGAAUUUUCUUCAUUUGGAUCAAUUAGCAGAGUUAAGGCAAUGCAGGAAGAAGGGUGAAGCAAAGGGUUUGGCUUGAUCUGCUUCUCCUCUCCUGAGGAGGCCACUAAAGCAAUGACUGAGAUGAAUGGCCGCAUCUUGGGCUCCAAGCCGCUCAACAUCGCCCUGGCCCAGAGCCUGUAG